CCUGAUCUUUUCUCUGCUGCCUCAGGAUUGGCUGGCCCCUGCAACUCUGCUAAUCUUAGACUCUAUAAAACUAACUCUUUCCCUCUUCCCAGGAUGCUUUCUUGUUGUCAGUUGUUGCAAACUCAUUUAUCCAUAGAUUCUGGUUCUGUCUUGAGCAAUUCACAACCAUGAGGCGCUUCAGCGACAGUCCAGAAGAGGCAUCCAAUCCGGAAGCUGAAAAUCUUUGCCCUUGCGAACAAUUCUUCCAAGAUCUUGCUGCAUAUGCAAGAGAACAAGGCCACAUAUUUCAACCAGAGGUGCCACCAGAGGGCAGGGAGUCCCCCUUGACAGAGUUUGAGCUCCCAGCUGUGCUAAAUGUUCUCCCCGAAGAGGAAGAUUUAUUCUGUUUGCUCAACCCACCAGAUGCAAUCCCUGUAUCAUGCAUGCAUCCCAGUGCUCUGUCACUCCCUGGCUCCAGUUCCGAAAGCUGCCAUGGCAGUGAUGGAGGCCCAACGCUGCACUAUACAUCUGCGAGUGCAAGCAGUGCUGCAUUCCUUGGACACCAAAGUGGCCAAGCUUUACCCCCAGCUGAGCAUGCUGCAUCAGAUGAACUAGCCUUGGAACACAACAUCAGUAGAGCAAUUGAACAAGACCUGAAAAAGUCACUUUGCCCAGUUGUCCACUUCUCCAUUGAUGUCUGGUCCACAGGACCAGCCACAGGCUAUAUGUUUAUCAUAGCACACUGGCUUGUCGAUAACGAUGGGAUUCUGCACAGGCACCGGGCAAUGAUGGCCGUGUGUGAGGCUCAGAAGAAUAACUUGACUGAAAUAAUAUGCCAUAGACUAAAAGUGGUGAGGGACAAGUGGCUCUAUCCCCUGCAGCUGGAAGUGGGAUAUGUGGUUACACUCGGAACGGCAGCGGCAAAGGCAGUGAAAGAUUCUUGUUUGGGAUACAUUCUUUCCCCUAACCUUUGCUUGUACCAGCUGAUAAAAGCAAUGAUGGUAAACUACAAAGAUGUUCUCAUAGGAUGGCUACGGGAAAUGCUACACAAAAUCAGCAUUCACUUUGAGCAAUCCCUGGUGGCCCAGGACCGUCUGAAAGAACUGCAGUUGCUGUCUGGUCUCCCCCAGGAAUUUCUGGAAGAAGAGAUGCCCAAAGACCUCUAUCUUUUGAUGCGGUUUCUAAUUGCCCGACAGAGGGCAUUCAGGACUUAUCAGGAAGAAAACCCUGGCCUCAACUUUAGAUAUCUGGGUUGGUGCCUGAUGUACCAUCUAGUCUGCCUCCUGAAGCCAUUUGAAGAGGCCAUCAUGACAAUUAGGAAUGAAAAUGCUAACCUAGGCCAAGUCCUUCAUGAGGUCCACUCACUUGAGAGCAAGGUCAAGGACCACCUCCAGCAGCUGCAGCAAGAGUUAAAUGUGACUGUUGUUGCUGCUGCUACUCGCUUCGCACAUGAGCUGCUGCAAGCUCUGGAAAGCAGCCAGGACCUAGGAAGAAUAAAAGAACACAUCCUGCACCAGACUGCAACCUUCCUUCAUCCAUGCUUCAGGGACCACAUCUCCAAAUAUCUGAAUGGAGAUGUGGAGUCGGAAUGGGAGCAAUUGAAGAAGUGGGUCAUAUGGCAAACUGAGAAGGAAUACAUGAGAAACCUCUCUAGUGAUUAUGCAGCUUCCUCUUUGACUGAGAGGGCAAGUCUAGAACUGGAAUCCUACCUGCAGGACAAGAUAGACCCCACACAGUUGGACUUGGAUCCCUUGUUCUAUUGGAACUCAAAGCGGCACACCUGGCCAUGCCUUUCUGUAGUGGCGCUCCAGUAUUGCUCAUGUCCUCCUACCCCUUUCCUUUUGCAGGAAGUUCAUAGUAUUGAAGACUUGAUGAUAUUGGGAAGCUUUCAGGAGAGACAUGCAUUCAACAGACUGAACCAAGACUGGAUGGCUGCAGAACUGAGGGUCCCCAGUACUAGCACAGACACAGGAAGUGAAUCGGUGGCCUGAAGGAAAGAAAUGCAACCCCUGUUCACAGAAAUUCUUGACUGGGAAUCAUUCACAAAGGACUGAGUGUGGGAUGCAUGGAGGGACAUGACAGGAUAGGACCUUCAUAUUAUUAGGACACUGCAACAUAUAGUACCAAAAACUAGGACCCUCUUGUAUUGUUGCAUCUUUUACAUACUACUUUGCAUGAAACCGAUUGAGCCUAUUGUAUUAAAACUUACACCGUAGCUCUGCUUGCAGAUUUUUAAAAGGGUUUUUGACAGUUGAAACUGUGUCUUAAUGGAUCUAUCUAUUUAAAUAAAGGUUUCUGGAAUAUCAAUAAA